GGACCUGGUGUCUCCUUUAGGGCCUCAUUCACAUCACAUUUUGUGCCACACGUCAGGAACGCCUCAAAAAUGGAAGCUGACCACGUUUCUUGACCCAUGCAGAUAGGGUCGCCAUCUUUUCUUGCAAAAAAAAAAUUCCGGCCAUGCUAAUUUGCAUAACUAAUUAUAUAUGCGUGACAUCACAGGAUACACAUAUACAGGGGAAAUUUUGUCCUAUUCUGACCCCUAUAACUUUUUUCUUUCUCCUUAUACGGGGCCUGUAUGAGGGUCAUUUUUUGCGCCACGAUCUGUAGCUUUUAACAGGAUCAUUUUUGUUUCGAUGGGACUUUUUGAUCACUUUUUUGUAUUAAACUACAAAGUUGCAGUGAGUUACUAACUACAACUCCCAGCAAGCCCUGAUACAGCAGCUGCCCCAAACGAAAACUACAACUCCCAGCAUGUUGGACUGUAUAGUAGUAUAUGGUAUAGGCCUGCGCUCCGCUCUGGUCCCAGGAAUGUGGCACCUCCAUGUACAGCACCGGGAUCUGCGCCACCAUCGAUAAGUCCUUCACCCCAACCGGGACCAUCGCACCCACAGCGCAGAGAUGCUCCACUUACCUGGACAUUGUCCUCCUCCUGGACGGCUCGAACAGCAUCUACCCCUGGUACGAGGUGCAGAAUUUCCUCAGGAACAUUCUCAGCAAGUUUUUCAUUGGUCCAGACCAGAUCCAGGUCGGAGUUCUACAGUACGGAGAGAUCGCAGUCCACGAAUGGUCCCUGAAGGACUACGCCACCUCCGAAGAAGUGGUGGAGGCGGCCAGGAACAUCAGUCGCCAGGAAGGACGAGAAACCCGGACCGCGUUCGCCAUCCAUAAGGCCUGUUCCGAAGCUUUCAGCCCUGAGAGGGGCGGCAGGGAAGGCGCCACCAGACUUCUCAUCGUCGUAACGGACGGCGAGUCCCAUGACGGGGACGAGCUACCCCUCGCCUUGGCGGAAUGCGAGAAACGUGACAUCACCCGUUACGCCAUCGCGGUGCUGGGUAACUACAUGAGGAGACAGCAGGACCCGGAUUCCUUUAUCAAUGAGAUCAAAUACAUCGCCAGCGAUCCCGACGACAAAUACUUCUUCAACGUCACCGAUGAGGCCGCGCUCAACGACAUUGUGGACGCUUUAGGGGACAGGAUCUUCAGUUUAGAAGCGACCCACGAGCGGAAUGAAAGUUCUUUUGAACUGGAGAUGUCACAGGUCGGGUUCUCUAUUCACAUCAUGGAGGAUGGGAUCCUGUUUGGCACAGUUGGUGCGUAUGACUGGGAUGGCGCGGUACUGAAGGAGACCCGGAACAGUCGUGUUAUGCCCCCCCGGUCGGCCUUCGAGAAGGAGUUUCCGGUGAAAAUGAAGAAACACGCUGCCUACCUGGGUUACACUGUCUCUUCCAUAACGCUGCGCAGUGGGAGGAGCAUGUAUAUAGCCGGGGCCCCCAGGUUCAAACACAAGGGGAAGGUCAUCCUGUUCGAGAUGUCCAGGAACGGCAACGUCACCAUCUCUCAGGCGCUGGUGGGGGAACAGAUCGGCUCCUAUUUCGGCAGUGAGGUGUGCCCGCUGGAUGUCAACGGGGAUGGGGUCACCGAUAUCCUACUGGUGGCCGCCCCUAUGUUCCUUGGAAACCAUCAUAAAGAAACCGGGCGUGUUUAUAUCUACCGGGUGGGACAGGUCCUCCUUACCCUGAACGGCACACUCCACUCGGAACGCAAAGUCCAAGACUCCCGCUUCGGCUACGCCAUGGCCAGCGCUCCAGAUCUGAACCACGACGGCUUCAACGACGUAGUGGUUGGGGCACCACUGGAGGAUAACCACCGAGGGGCCGUAUACAUCUACCACGGGUAUCGUAAUACCAUCUUACCAGCUUACAAACAGAGAAUAGACUCCGCCUCCUUCCACCACGGCCUCACGUACUUCGGUCGGAGUGUGAGCGCCCAAAUGGACCUGGAUGGUGACGGGCUGGGGGACCUGACGGUGGGCAGCCAAGGGGCAGUCGUCAUGUUGAGGUCCCGCAGUAUCGUUCGAGUAAACACCACCCUGCAGGUGACCCCGACCUCCAUCAACCUCCUCCAGAAGAACUGCCUGAGGCAGGGCAAGGAGUCCGUCUGCCUGAACAUCACCGUCUGCUUCUCCGUCAACUCCAAAUCGCCCAGCAAGUGGGACAGCCGAUUCGGACUCCAUUACAACCUGUCCCUGGACGAUAAGAAGAUCACCCCCCGGGCCGUGUUCGAUGAGAACUUCCAAAAACUCCUAAGCAAACGCGUUCGGGUCACCACGGGCAAAGUGACCUGCAUGAACGUCGGAUUCCACGUCAUUGAUACGGCUGACUAUCUGAGACCCAUCGGCGUCCACCUUCGCUUUAACCUGAGUGACACGGAGUCCAGUCCGGUGCUCGACGACCGCUGCCCUACUUCUGUAAAGAGACUGGUUCCGUUCUUCAAGGACUGUGGUGAGGAUGACGAGUGUAUAACGGACCUGUCCCUCCGAGCCCAUAUGGACAUCAAUGGCACCAGGGACCGACCGACCGUAAUCCGGGGGGAGAGGAAGAAGGUGACUGUGGAGAUGGAGCUGGAGAACCGGGGGGAGAACUCCUACAACACCAGCCUGAGGGUCGGCUUCUCCAGGAACCUCCUGUUCUCCAGCGUCUCCAGCAAAGGGGAUGCCCUGAAUAAGGUGGAGUGUACCACGCUGUCCCCCAACACCCGCUCCUGCAGCGUCAGCUACCCUGUCCUCAGAUCCAUGACCAAGGUGACCUUUGCCCUGGAGUUCGAGUACAGCUGUGCCAGUCUCCUGAACAGGGUGCAGAUUCGUCUGUCCGCCAGCAGUGACAACGCCGAACCGGACGAGACCCUUCACGACAACAGCGUCCAGCUCAGCGCCCACAUCCGAUACGAACCCGAGCUCUUCAUACAGAGUGAAUCCAGUCUGAACCGCUAUGAGGUGCAACCGAACCUGCUGUCCACCCAGGAGCCCGGCCCGGAGUUUAUCACCAAAUUCAAGGUCCAAUACGUUGACUGUUUCCCCGUAUACAACGUGUCGGUCCACAUCCAGACGCCGGCCCGGGGCUAUGGGGGUCUGUACUUCAUGUCGGUGUCCAGGAUCCUGUCUGCUGAUGAUGUCGUCUGUAUGUUAUCAAACAUGACCAGGUCCAGAACCGCCAUGGUGGCGAUCCACCCCGAGGACCUGGGCCAUACCAAUAUAUUGAACUGCAGUAACACCUGGUGCGAGACCAUCACCUGCCGCGUCCCGGUCCUAAAGAAGAACUCCGAGCUGUCCCUGUCCAUCCUCAGGAUCAUCCACAACCACUUCUUCAGUAACGCAAAGUUUCGGUCGGUCAAAGUGAUCAGCGAAUUCUUCCUGGACAUAAAAGAAGAUGGAGUCCUGUUCACUGACAGCGCCAAACAUAGGACGGUGAGUAUCUUGGAGCUGCUGCAGCCGGUCCGCCUCCCGCUGUCUCUGUGGAUCCUUAUUGGAAGUGUCAUCGGGGGUCUCCUCCUCCUGGCACUGAUCAUCUUUAUCCUAUGGAAGUUGGGGUUCUUCUCAAGAAAGAUGCAGGGCGAGGAGAAGGAAGAGGCCGCCAAGGAAGAGCAGUGAUCUGCAGCUUCCCCAUCACAGAGGAGCGGGCUUACUCCCCGCCUCCUGCUAUCACAGACUAUCAUAUCUGCUGUUUAUGGGCUGGACACUGAUAGCCCCGCCCCUGAGGAUCCAGAGCAGCAUUGACACUAAUGACUGUAUACGGGGAGGACGCGGCUGUAUAUACCCAUCGCACUGUGUGAACACUGACAAGACUCAAGAUGGGGGACGGAUACUCAGGAUUAUAAAAGGGGACACCCCUAGGGGGAGGGGCUUUUUAUACGGAAGUAAAUAUUUUCUCCAAUGAGGGAAACAGUGAGUCCUGAUGCCUGCGGGGGCCCAGACGCACACCCCAGGGUAUAAUGGGUUAAAAAGGGAAAAACUGAGAAUAAUCUGUUGCUAUUGGAAACCAUCAGCAAGCGGGAUAGUCACUGUGUGUACAUAUUACUUUAUUUAUAGAUUAUUAUUAUUAUUUUUUUUUG